AUGGUUCAAAAGGGACUCCAUUUGGGAAGUAAUUCUCCGAAUGGUCUUCGGUUUGACAUCAAUUCCUAUGAUACGAGUGAACAGAAUAUAGUGAUUGUAUUGAAAGAGAGAAUCAGCGAUGAGUUUGUGGUACUAUUGAGUGAUAAACUCAAGCGUCUGAACAGACGCUGUAAUUGUGAUCUCAUUGGUUUGGCUGACGCUCAGGUAGUCGUAUCGACGAAUGUGUCCGAACCACAGACAACCCGCACUUCUAUUGACACUAUCAUAGAGUCUGUGGUCAGUGAGCACUGAUAGCCACCAAUCAAUUCAGUUUACUUGUUAUUACUACGGCAC